AUGAAAUUGACCGCAUGUUUGGCUCUUGGCGCUAUCGCCCAAGCUGCAUAUGUUCCAUCUGAACCCUGGACUACUUUGACACCUUCUGCCCCAGCUCCAACUGGUGCCAUCACUGACCACCCAAGCUGGUUCGGUAUCCAAAUUGUUGCCCAGGAGGUGAAGAAGGACAAGCGUGAUGGUGUUGCGCAAAUUGGCGAUGGCCAAGUCCAAAAGCAGACCUCCAUCACUUUGCUGACACCUGCUCCACCAAAGCCAACUGCACCAAUCAUCAACCAAAUUGGUGACGGUCAAAUCCAGAACCAAAUCAGCAACAACAAGCCUGUUACCAUUGUGAACCAAAUCGGUGAUGGUCAAAUUCAAAACCAAAAGAUCAGCACCUCCUCUGUCAUCAACCAGAUCGGUGAUGGUCAAAUCCAAAACCAGCCAAAGCCAACUGUUGCCGGUCAAAUCAGCGACGGUCAACCUCAGGCCACUGGCACUGUUCCAGCUGGCGGCAGCAAGUUCCCUCAAGCUUGUUUGGCUGAGAACAACUUGGCCAUGAAAUUGGACAAGACUGUCUUGACUGACUCUAAGGGUAGAAUUGGUGCUAUUGUUGCCAACAGACAAUUCCAGUUCGACGGUCCUCCACCACAAGCUGGUACCAUCUUCGCUGCUGGUUGGUCUAUCACUCAAAACGGUACCUUGGCUUUGGGUAACAGUGAUAUGUUCUACCAAUGUUUGUCUGGUGACUUCUACAACUUGUAUGACCAGACCCAAGGUGCUCAAUGUCAACCUGUUAAGUUUAGCAUCAUCGAGUUGGUCAAGUGCUAA